AUCUUAAAUUCCACAUCUUAUCAAAAAACAAUAUCUUUCCUUUUGUGGGGGACCUUAACCCCUUUCCCCUUUGCUCUUCCUCCACCACAAAAAUCCCAAAAAUUAUUAUUUUUUUUUUAAAAAAAAAUAACAAAACCCCAUUUCAGUUCUUGAAUUAAAAGUUUCACUUCCACUACUAGUUCAACAUCAAAGUCAUAAUUCAUUAACUAGAAAGAAAAAUUAUCAACGAAAAACCAUGGCAGUUCAUUUUUGUGUUGUGACUGCUCAUUUGGAGAUCUCUUUGGACUUCGAGUCAUAGUUGAUUUUGCAAAAUACCAAAUUUGCUAAAAUAUCCAAUUUGCUACUCUUACACCACAAAUCUCAAAAUCAAGAAAAGAACAAAACCCUAUUUCAGUUCUUGAAUUUUCUAUUCAAUUCACUGAUUUAAACUUACAUUUCCACUACUAGUUCAAGAUCCUAGUCAUACUUCACUGACUAGCAAGAAAAUAACAAAAACUUGUUUGGAAUCGAGGCAUAGUUGAUUCUGAACAAUACCCAAUUUGCUCUUCCUCUACUACAAAUCCCAAAAAUUAUUUAAAAAAAAAAAAGAACAAAACCCCAUUUCAGUUCUUGAAUUUUCCACUGAAUUUGCUAUGGUGGAAAGUUCAAUUGGAGGGGUGGUGCCUUUGGUGAAGGGUGAAGGAAUGAGUAGUGGUGUAGUAAGGGAUGAAGAAGAAGGUGUUGGGACAAGGAUAGAAUGGGAAUUAGACAGGGAGUUAUUGUGUCCUAUAUGUAUGCAGAUUAUAAAGGAUGCAUUUUUAACAGCUUGUGGACAUAGUUUUUGCUAUAUGUGUAUUGUUACUCAUCUUCAUAACAAGAGUGAUUGUCCCUGUUGUUCUCAUUAUCUCACUACUAGUCAGCUCUAUCCCAAUUUCCUCCUUGACAAGCUAUUGAAGAAGACAUCUGCUCGUCAGAUUUCAAAAACUGCAUCUCCUGUUGAACAAUUUCGUCAUUCAUUGGAACAGGGUUGUGAAGUAUCAGUUAAGGAGCUGGACACUCUAUUGUCGUUGUUAUCAGAGAAAAAGAGGAAAUUGGAGCAGGAAGAAGCAGAGCGAAAUAUGCAAAUUCUGCUAGACUUCUUACAGAUGCUAAGGAAGCAAAAAGUUGAUGAACUCAAUGAGGUGCAAAAUGAUCUGCAAUACAUCAAAGAGGACUUAAGUUCAGUGGAGAGACAUAGAAUAGACCUAUACCGGGCUAAGGAUCGGUACUCAAUGAAGCUUCGAAUGCUAGCAGAUGAUCCUAUUGGGAAAAAACCUUGGUCUUCAUCCACUGAUAGGAACUUCGGUGGUCUUUUCUCCGCUUCACGAAAUGCACCUGGAGGAUUACCGACUGGAAACUUGACAUACAAAAAGUUGGACGGCAGAGCUCAAAUAAGCUCUCCUGGACCACCGAGAAAAGAUACUUCAAUCAGUGAAAUGAAUUCACAACAUAUGAGUCAAUCAGGUCUGGCUGUGGUUAGGAAGAAGUGCAUCAAUACACAGUUCAAUGAUCUCCAAGAAUGUUACUUGCAAAAGAGACGUCAAUUGGCAAACAAAUCGCGUGUUAAGGAGGAAAAGGACGCAGAUGUUGUACAAAGAGAAGGUUACAGUGCAGGACUAGCAGAUUUUCAGUCUGUACUUAGCACUUUCACUCGUUAUAGUCGGUUAAGAGUCAUUGCUGAGCUUCGGCAUGGGGAUCUUUUUCACUCUGCCAAUAUCGUGUCAAGCAUUGAAUUUGAUCGUGAUGAUGAGUUGUUUGCUACUGCUGGAGUUUCACGGCGUAUAAAAGUUUUUGACUUCUCUUCAGUUGUAAAUGAACCUGCCGAUGUACACUGCCCUGUUGUUGAAAUGUCUACCCGAUCUAAGCUGAGCUGCUUGAGCUGGAAUAAGUAUACCAAGAACCACAUAGCUAGUAGUGAUUAUGAUGGAAUAGUAACUGUAUGGGAUGUGACCACUAGACAGAGUUUGAUGGAAUAUGAAGAGCAUGAGAAACGGGCAUGGAGUGUUGAUUUUUCACACACAGAACCCUCGAUGCUUGUGUCUGGAAGUGAUGAUUGUAAGGUCAAAGUUUGGUGCACUAACCGGGAAGCAAGUGUCCUUAAUAUUGAUAUGAAGGCAAAUAUAUGCUGUGUGAAAUAUAAUCCUGGAUCUAGCGUUCAUAUAGCGGUUGGCUCUGCGGAUCAUCAUAUUCAUUAUUAUGACUUGAGGAACACCAGCCAGCCAGUUCACAUUUUUAGUGGCCAUAGAAAAACUGUUUCUUAUGUAAAAUUUUUGUCCAACAAUGAGCUCGCUUCAGCAUCAACGGACAGUACUCUGCGAUUGUGGGAUGUGAAUGAAAAUCUACCGGUUCGCACACUUAGAGGACAUAUGAAUGAGAAAAACUUCGUUGGUCUCUCAGUGAACAAUGAAUUCCUCUCAUGUGGCAGUGAAACAAAUGAAGUAUUCGUGUACCAUAAGGCGAUUUCCAAACCUGUGACUUGGCAUAGAUUCGGUUCCCCAGAUGUGGACGAAGCCGAUGAAGAUGCCGGAUCUUAUUUCAUCAGCGCAGUGUGCUGGAAGAGCGAUAGCCCUACGAUGUUAGCUGCCAAUAGUCAGGGAACUAUAAAAGUGCUAGUCCUUGCAGCUUGAGUUAAUAAAGCUGCUAGUUAAGAAUAUGCUUGAUUGAGAUGCACUUGAAAUUUUAUAGUGGAAACACAGUGAAAUGGAUUUCACAUUCAAUUUUUUUAUGUAGAUAUCUAUUCAACCAUCAGAUGGCAUGGUUCACCAUAUUUGUCAAAUGUAUUCAUAUUAAAACAUGUAACAAGUUGUAGGGCUUGGUUAAUUUAGGAGGAUGUACUGCUCUUUAAUGACACAGGCAGAGUUAUACUAUAAUGACAAAGUUUUGCUUUUUAGUUCA